AUUUGGCGACACUCCGGUGUGUGGAACAUCUGAUCCAUCGUGAGUGGUGUGUUGUGUUGCAGUUUGUCCUCAAUUGCUAUCCUAGCGUGAGCUUUGAUAGAUGAGAGGGCCAAAGAGGAUCGAUAUGGGCGACGUCCGAGGGGCUCGAUGAAGAGACUGACGACUAAAAGACCCCAUAUCUGGUUCAGUAGUGAGCUUCUACGCCGAGGAUGGAAGCAGGCUCUGAACCUUGUUUGUGCGACCAACAACCAAGUUGGUAGGGAUCGUAGGAUCGUAGGAUCGCAACCUUGGUGUGGUAUUAUGUCUGAGAAUUGAGAUCUUCUCACCCUCUUUAAAUGCAGAUCGUCUCCCAGCAUUUUCUUUCGCUCACACCUAGCAGUCGCCUAGUUUGUGAUUUGUGCCUGGCCCACCUUUCUUCUUUUGUUCUUGUUGCGAUACCGUAACAUCUUGAACUUGGUCAGCUGGUGUUUGAAUUCAAUACAACACAACACACCUUCAGCCUUGAUAAGCUCACACUCUCCUCCUACGCUGUCAUAAUGGCUGAAAAGAUAUCUCUCGGUUCUGGAGGCGGAAGCCCUGACCCAGAACGUCGUCAAUCUGAACUCCAAACUCCUUCGUCACGAUGGGCGUCUCUGUUUGGCGGCGAGGGUGUCACUGCCGGGCCUCGAAUUGCUCAAUUGCCCGAAUUUGUGAGGCGUGAUCUUUCGGACUCUGAGGAUUCAAGCUCUGCCAUUCUCAACAAACAGCUGGCUGCGGAGCAGGGAGAGCAGAUCCAGUACCGCACUUGCUCAUGGCAAAAAACUGCUGGUCUGCUUUUCAGCGAGUACAUUUGUCUUGCCAUCAUGAGUUUCCCUUGGUCGUACAGUGUCCUCGGAUUGGUGCCUGGCAUUAUCCUGACAAUUAUUGUUGCUCUCAUCGUUCUUUACACCAGUCUCGUUCUCUGGGAAUUUUGCCUCCGCCACCCGGAGAUGCGCGAUGUUUGCGAUAUUGGACAGAUGCUAUUUUGGGACAAGAAGUGGGCUUGGUGGGCAACUGCUGUGUGCUUCAUUCUUAACAACACCUUCAUUCAAGGCCUCCACGUUCUGGUUGGUGCCAAGUACCUCAACACCAUGACUGAGGCCGAUGAUGUUGGUAGCUGCCGGACCGUUAUGUUUUCGGUUAUUGUUGCUGUUAUCAGCUGGGUUUGCUCUCUGCCCAGGACGUUCGACAUGAUGGCCAAGCUCGGAACAGCAUCGGCUUUCUUCACAUUCGUUUCCGUGCUGCUCGCUGCCAUCUUUGCUGGUAUUCAGGACCACCCAUUUGGAUACGAUCCUGCAAAGCUGGGCGAGCCUAUCGUUACAGCUAUUCCUGUCAAGGGCACGACUUUUGUGAAUGGAAUGUCCGCUUUUCUCAACAUCAGCUACACUUUCAUCGGCCAGAUUACCCUUCCCAGCUUCAUUGCAGAGAUGCGAGAUCCCCGGGACUUCCCCAAGGCUCUGUGGGCGUGUACGAUUGCUGAGAUCAUUGUUUUCAGUCUCGUUGGAGCCAUCGUAUAUGCUUAUACCGGCAAUCAGUAUGUGACCGCGCCGGCUUUCGGUUCGCUCGAGAAUGUGUACAAGAAGGCGGCCUUCUCGUUCAUGAUUCCUACAAUCAUCUUCCUUGGCACCCUCUAUGCCUCAGUAUCGGCUCGCUUCGUCUUUUUCCGACUCUUCCGCAACUCCAAGCACUUGAACAGCCACACUCUUGUUGGUUGGGGAUCUUGGAGUGGAAUUCUUCUUGUGACCUGGAUCUUUGCUUUCAUCAUCGCCAUGGUCAUCCCCUUCUUUAACUCUUUGCUUUCCGUUAUGUCGUCUCUCUUUGAUAGUUGGUUUGGCUUCAUUUUCUGGGGAGUUGCUUAUUUCAGAAUGCGCAAAGCUGAUAAGGAAAUUGGACGACGACAUGGCAAGAUCGCUGAUCUUACCGGAAACAUUGUUAACCUCAUCUUGAUUGCGAUUGGUAUUAUGUUCCUUACUGUUGGUACAUAUGCCAGUGUACAGGGCAUUAUCGACCAGUACGAGGCUGGCACCGUGGCUGGCGUAUUCUCGUGUGCGUCCAACGGUCUUUAAAGGAGGGGAGCAAAGGGAGAAGUUGUAGAGAAACACGUUAUGCAAUGAUACCCGAGCUGGAACAAUACACGUGGAGUUGGUCUUUCUUGAUCGAGACGAUGGUGAGCUGCUUUCAGCUACGAUCGAUCCCGUUAUGGCGUACACGAAGUUGUAGAAUUGGAACCCUCAUGAUGAAUCAUUGAGAUAGAAAUUGACAUGUCGUAGAUGUUGAAGUAAAGUUGAAGUGGAGGCUGAGGCUCUGCCUGAGCUGAACCUUAGCUCGACGCCCACGCCAACCAGUUCUUGCCAAGAACGCCCAGAACUUGUUGUCACAUGCACUUUCUCCAUUGUUGCAUUUUCUUUCAAGCAUACUCAUAUAAUAAAUUGCUGACACAGU